GAGAGCGAGCGAAUGAGGUACACUAAAGGAUAUCAUAGAUGGGUCGCGGUAUAAGAAAGGUCCAAAACACGAUUGCUAACACUUCCGUUAUCCGCAUGCUUACUAUGCCGCUGUAUUUAGUAAACCCGGUAGCUUAGCAUUCGCUCUCCACCUGGCUCUUCUAUACGGACGUUAUCUCCACCUAAACGGAUAAAAAACACACCAUCAUGGUAGCCGGCGAACUCGUCCAGGAGCACACACGCGCCGAAUCCACCGGCGCACCUGACGACGUCGGAACUAUCACUGGCGGUAAAGCGGCGCACGAGCUGCGCAGCGGACCGCUCGUGCCGAUCGACAAACUGGACCAGUACACGGUCCUCGAGAGCGGGGAUGAAGCGGUGAACCUGCUGAAGGCGCUGAACAGCCGGGCUUCGGAGCAGGAGAUCCCGCCGGAUGAACGAGAGGCAAUGCUGCCAAAAGGAGGAGGAGUAGGAGGAGAAGAGGAAAACGCAAAGAAGGAGAAUAAAUGUCUGGAAACCAAACUGUACUGGCGUCGCUUCGGGGUGCUCGCCAUCUUCAGCCUCUACUCCCUCGUCAACUCGUUCCAAUGGAUCCAGUACAGCAUCAUCACCAACGUGUUUUGCGACUACUACGGCGUAUCCAGCAACCAGGUGGACUGGCUGUCCAUAGUCUACAUGGUGGCGUACAUCCCGCUGAUAUUCCCCGCUACGUGGCUCCUCGACAAGAAGGGACUCAAGUUAACGGCGCUGAUGGGCGCCGGCCUCAACUGCCUGGGCGCGUGGGUGAAGUGCGCGAGCGUGAGCCGGGAUCUGUUCGGCGUCACCAUGUUCGCGCAGGUCAUCUGCUCGCUGGCCCAGGUGUUCAUCCUUGGCCUGCCCUCGCGCAUUGCCUCGGUGUGGUUUGGGCCUAAAGAGGUGUCCACCGCGUGCGCCACGGCGGUGCUGGGCAACCAGCUGGGGACGGCUAUAGGCUUCCUGCUCCCUCCAGUGCUGGUCCCCAACACCUCGGGGGACUUUGAGCUGAUGGGUCACAACAUCAAGGUCAUGUUCUACGGGACUGCCAUCAUCGCCAGCGUGCUGUUCAUCCUCACCGUCAUAAUCUUCAAGGACCGCCCAGAGAUGCCCCCCAGCUACGCCCAGGCGGUGCUCCCAGGCAGCCCCCCCGAGGACUACUCCUACAAGCAGUCCAUCAUCAACCUGUUCCAGAACAAGGCCUUCCUCCUGCUGCUGGUCAGCUACGGCAUCAUGACUGGCUCCUUCUACUCAGUGUCCACCCUGCUCAACCAGAUGAUCAUGGCCUGCUAUGAGUCACAGGAGUUGAAUGCCGGCCGGAUAGGGCUGACCCUGGUGGUGGCCGGCAUGGUAGGCUCCAUCAUCUGUGGACUGUGGCUUGACUACACCAAGACCUACAAGAUGACCACACUCGCGGUGUACAUCCUCUCCUUCCUGGGCAUGUUGAUCUUCACCUUCACACUGGACCUCAAGAACAUCUACCUCGUAUUCUUCACCGCCGGCGUGCUGGGUUUCUUCAUGACGGGAUACCUGCCACUUGGGUUUGAGUUUGGGGUGGAGAUCACCUACCCAGAGUCUGAAGGCACCUCCUCGGGACUCCUGAACGCCUUCGCCCAGAUCUUUGGGAUCAUCUUCACUCUGAUCCAGGGACAGCUGACCACAGCCUACAACCCCCUGGUGGGAAACCUCUUCCUGUGUGCCUGGAUCUUCCUGGGAAUACUGCUCACUGCUCUUAUCAAAUCAGAGCUGAAGAGAAACAACGUCAACAUGGAGGCGGAAGGCAAGCAGCCUCUACCCACUGGGUGUCCUGUGGAGGGGUCCAAGGCGGAGAUGACAACGGCAACCAAGCUGGAAAACUCCAUCAGCUUCUCCCACGAAACCUCUGUCUGACGCCUGUCCUACCCCUUUAGAGAGACAUACUAGACAUGCUCACAUGAGAGCACUAAUUUGGGUAUGAGAGGUCACUAAGAGAAAGGACACAGUCUCUCACAUAGACAGAUGGAAUACACACAUAGUUGACAUGAUUGUAUUUGCUGACUUUUGUACAGUUGUGAGUGUGAGUUUGCUCGUGUUUCAUUUAAAAAGAGAUUUGCAGGAAGAAAAAGCUACUGUUAGACUAGAAUCUUACCAUUAGAAUCAUACCAUUAGAAUCAUAUUUCAACAACAGACUCAGAGUCAGAGUGAGUCAGAGUGCGGUAUAAAAUCAACCAAAAAAAGUAAGGAUUGUUAAAGGUUGGGUAUGGGAUUUGCGAAAAGCCAGCAGAUUUGAAAAUAAACGACUCAAAUGGUCCUACCCCCUCUCCUUCAACGCUGACUCUAACUCCCAUCCACCCAUUCCAAGUACAUGGACGCCCAAUCAUGCAAGAGCCCGAACACAGAUGCGCGAGAGCGAACUAUUAGCUAGUUAGCUAGCUCCCGUAGCUACCGCAGGAUAACAACAAACAGAAGCUUGCUCUGGGUCACGAGCUUUGAGAACGUGCACAAAGGGGUCACGCGCGGGGAGGGGGAGUGCAGUACGACCGUUUGAUUGACGUACUUACUGUCCAAUGCCACUCGGUGGUUCUGGAAAUCAUUGGCUGGAGUUUUUCUAGCCCUGCCCGUUCCACAGAUGAUUGACUUGUUUAAUUUUCAUGUCAGUACUCAUUGGCUGUAAGUGGAUUAUGAUAAGGAUUUCAAGUAAUUUUGCAAAAAUGACCAAAAAAGAGAAUUCCAUACCCAACCUUUAACAUUUCAACCAAAGCAAGCAUAAUCUGGGAGAUCCAUAGCUGCCAUCAUCCUCUGGAAAAGGGAAAAUCCCUUUCAUCGUGUAACAGGACGUUAAUGUGAGCCAGAAAGGGCGUUCUUCCUCCAGGGCAAUGCUAUGACCCAUUAAUUUGUCAAUACUUGAAACUGGACUCUUGUUAUCUAUGUAGGGGGGAAUGAGUGGAAAAUGGGUUGUGGCAUUGUGGCAUUGUUACGAUAUUUAACAGCAUUGACGCAUGCAUGAAAGUUAAUGACAACUGAGCUCAGUUUCACGCAUAUGAUGGCAGUGAAUUAUUAUUUUAAACUAUUUUAACUACGAUUAUUAUUAAUAUUAUUGUGUUUUUUAGUUUACAUAAUUAGUUGUUAAAUGGAAAGUAAAACCAUAACAGCCUUGAAAGUUGAAGAGAAGCACAGGAAUCUUGAUAGGUGCAUGUCUUUCUCUGACCACUCGGAAACUAGCGCACUGAACUCAAACAUGGUCUAGUCUCGUUCGUGUUUUCAUAGUCUGUUUUCAGUGGUUGUAUUGUUUGUAGGCGGUUUCUGUGGUUGAGCUGGGUCAUCUCAAUGUCCAAACAUUCAUUGAAAAAUAAAUAUAACCACAAUUUUGCGAAAAUAAAAAGGUAUUUGACAGGGAAUCCAUGUAGUCAUAAGAUCAUCAUCAUCGUCGUCUAAAGCCCAAAUACUUUAGCCAUGGUUUUGUGUUUCUCAACUAUUUGCCUUUGUUGCUUUGGAAAAGUAGUUGAACAGGUUUCCUUGUUGGCUCGUUCAAAGACAGGCGCAGUUGACAUAUCACCAUGCUCAUUUGUGUCAAAACUGUUGGAGAAACUGGUCCCCACUACUGAUUAAUGGGAUUAGACGCAGACAUUAGGACUGUCUUUCAUAAAUACCACUACUGUUUACAGAUGCCUACAUCUAGACUGACGAAGGAGCACUUUUACAAUGGCUACCAUGCCAUGUUAGUGUCACUGAUGCACUGUGGACCAAACCAGAACUACUGAUGUUCCUACAUAUGCACAAAAUCGAUGUUUUCUAUUUAAAAAGAGGCAUUAAUGAUGGUUGAUCACUUCUAAUUUAUAUGGUAUUAUCAAAUCCGUAACUCAGCCGGCUAGUAGGCCUACUAUGAGUGGAGUAAGGUGGCGCCAUCUAGAGGGUUGUCUAGCAACAAUGUUGAACGGGAACUGAAGGAAGCACAACUUUCAUGAACGAUUCUGUUAUUUUCUAUGCUUGAAAUCUAUUACUUUUCUAUUCUUCUAUUUUUUUUUUUUUUUUAAUAAAAAUUACUUAGUGUAUCUAAUUUCUUACAAAAACAUGUAUAGUGUCACUGAAUAUCGUUAAUUCAGUAUUGAUAUUUGCAUGUUGUCAAUCUGCUGUAUUUCAAUCUCUGUUCACAGUUCAGAUAGAAAAAGUGGAUCAAUCUGAAUAUUUCUGAUUGAUCAUUUCUUCUGAUAGUGAUAACUUAGACAGCAGAUCGUGAAAACGGUUCCUGAUAAGUAUUCAUGCGGCAUGCCGCACUUCAAUGUAGGCCUAACUUGAACUCUAAUUCGGUAGAGGGAAAAUAAAUCAAAACCUGAUUUGGACUUGAGAUAUGGGUUUUGGGGGAAUUUUGAUAGAAUCAAUGUGUAACUAAGAUUUAUAGUAACAGCUAUGAGUCACGGAGAGAGUGAAGACUGAAAAGACCAUCACACUCUGGCAAGAAUCAGAAUCAAGAAUCAGGCAAACAAUAAUAUUCACCCAUGCUUUCCUAGUAGUGAAGCUCCAGAACAGUCUAGUGUUGCUUUCCAUUGUGUGUAAAUAUAUAUUUAUUUCUGAUAAUUUGUAUUGCAACUUUGCCUGUCUAACUGCUGGCCAACGAUAUAACUUAGCUUCUCUUUCUCAACAUUUUUUAAACUUUGUCAUGAAUGUAAUGCAAUGUCAAUUUUGUUAAUGACUAAUAGUGUUGAUAUGUUUUGUUUGAUUUAUUUAUGUUAUGUUAUUCUAAUGUUAAGGCUGAGCUACAAUGUAAGUUACAGCAUAAAUAAAUAUAGUUAGUAAACAUCAACAAACUAAUCACUGAGUCUUUCAGCUGACAUGGAAAACAUGCUGAAUGUUUCCUUGGGUCCAUAUUGUAGCACAACCAUAAGCUUACCUGUGGGUGCUUAUUAUGGGAU